AUGGUAAUCACAUUAAAUUUAAUAGGUUUUAGUAAAACUAGUAUAAAUAUUUUUUGUUAAUUCAAUAUUUACAAUUAUUUUGUACAUUUCAUAGUACUCUUAGCAAUCCUAAUAUUGACAGAAGCCAUUUAAAUUUGUCCUCGAAUAAUGUAAAAAACUAAAAUCUUCAUCAACAAUUAUUUUUAUUUUUUUAACAAAUCUAAAAUUUAAUCCUAACAAUUUUUUAUUCACACCUCCAAAAGUUUCAUUUCUAUUUAACAAUAUAAUUCUACGAGUUAAAACUCUUUGAAUUUGAUAAGUUAAAUAUAUUCCAAAAUAUGCUAAAUUCAGAAAAAAAACUAUCAUGUUAUUCAAUUAAAAAAUACUACUGAAAGUAAAGAUAUUAUUUAGAAUAUCUUCUAAAGUAGUUACAUUCCAAAUAAAUAUCAUAAAAAGCAAAAAUCUACUUAUUUGGUUUAAUAAAUUCGCAAUUAGUAUCUACUUAGACACGUAUUUACACUCUAUUCUAAACAGUGGAUGGUUGAAAAACAGGUUUGCAACCAAUGUAUACCAAUCAAUUCCAGCAUUUUCUGA